AAUCAAGAUAAUCGUCAACCGAGGCUUCUCAUCCCUGCAAACCUAGGUUGGGAUUUUCGUAGUGCGGAGAAACACAGUAACAUGAUAUCAAUACCCCAAGUUUUGUGAACCAGGUUGUGGGCAUUCGCGCGGGGUGCGGUGAAGUUACAUCCGGGGAAACAUUGUAUCAGUGGGUAACAGUGAAUACAUGGCUGCGAUCAUAUAAAUAUGUAUAAAGUAUCCAGUUUGCGAGGUUAACAUUCAGUUCUAGGUUGUCCGUACCUUAUCCAAUCUCCCCUAAACAGUUAUAGCUCCAUGGCUCCAGUACGACGACCCAUCCGCAUCGCCAACUGCUCUGGUGCCACGCCCGACCCGGGCGACCUGAUGCUCGCACAGGCGACUGCUGGUCCUGUCGAUGUAAUCACCGGUGACUACCUAGCAGAGGCAAACUUAGCGCAUUACGCCGAAGCAUAUGCCAGGGGUGGGCAUCCAGGCUACGUACCCUCAGCGUACGAAGGCCUUCAGUUAUCACUCAAGGUUAUCAACGAGAAGAGAAUCAAAGUGGUAAUAAAUGGUGGCGGCCUAAACCCUAAAGGUCUAGCCGAGGUUACUCACAAGACGGUUCGCGAAAAGGGGUACAACCUCAAAGUCGCCUAUGUCGAGGGAGACGAUCUGUUGCCUAUCGUUCAUGAUAUCCUCAAGCCUGAUAGCAACGGCCAGCUCCCGCAUUUCGAUGCGACGAACGACCAAGUCAAACUAGCCAAGGAUACAUACAACUUCCUACAUGACCCGCAUAAGAAAAUCAUAGUCGCUAACGCGUACCUGGGAUGUCGUGCAAUUCGACGUGGACUCGAAAAGGGUGCCGACAUUAUCAUCUGCGGCCGAGUUGCCGAUGCAUCACCCGUCAUGGGUGCAGCGCAAUGGUGGUACGGCUGGAAAGACGACGAUUUCGACAAGUUAGCAGGGGCGCUGGUCGCCGGCCAUUUGAUUGAAUGCUCUACAUACGGAACUGGGGGGAAUUUCGCCGGCUUUGACCAAUACACCGUUCAGCAACUGCUACAUCUAGGCUGCCCUAUUGCCGAGAUUGCGGAGAAUGGAGAGUCUGUCAUAACAAAACAUGAGGCGCUAAACGGGUUCGUCACCGAGGAGGUUGUAAAAUGUCAGCUGUUGUAUGAGCUGCAAGGCAACAUAUAUCUGAACAGCGACGUUAAGGCAGAUAUCUCUAAUGUGUCAGUCCGCCAAAUCCGUCCUAACUGUGUUCACGUAUCUGGCGCAAAGGGCUAUCCACCUCCACCAACAACGAAAUUGGCAGUAUUUUACCGUGGUGGAUGGCAAGGCGAGGUCACCCUCAACGCGACAGGGUACGCCACGAAGCACAAAUAUGACCUCCAAGAAGCUCAGAUGCGAACACAGCUAGAAGAAUGGGGAGUGAUGAAGGAUAUCGACCUGCUUGAUUUUCAGCGUGUCGGUGUCCCGCAAGAGAAUCCGCGGUCCCAGCUAGAAGCUACCACAUACUUACGUAUAGUCGUACAAGCACAGCGUGCCGAGACUGUGCGAGCCGUUCACCGAGCAAUGUGGUAUAUUUUCAGUGAGUGACAUCCCCCUUUCCGCGAUUUUAUCAACAAGUUCCUUACUCUUCGCCAGUGCAACAUUUCCCCGGCCUCAAC